UGUAACAGCGACUACGUGCCUGUGUGCGGCUCCAAUGGGGAUACCUACCAAAAUGAAUGCUACUUGAGACAGGCUGCCUGCAAACAGCAAAGUGAAAUACUUGUGGCGUCAGAAGGAUCCUGUGCCACUGAUGCAGGCUCUGGAUCUGGGGAUGGAGGCAGUGAAGGUUCUGGAGAAACCAUUCAGAAGGAAACAUCCACCUGUGACAUUUGUCAGUUUGGAGCAGAGUGUGAUGAAGAUGCAGAGGAUGUUUGGUGCGUAUGUAACAUUGACUGUUCUCAAACCAACUUCAAUCCUCUCUGUGCCUCCGAUGGGAAAUCGUAUGAUAAUGCAUGUCAGAUCAAAGAAGCAUCAUGCCAGAAACAGGAGAAAAUUGAAGUCAUGUCUUUGGGUCGAUGUCAAGAUAACACAACCACCACCACCAAGACAGAAGACGGACAUUAUGCAAGAACAGAUUAUGCAGAGAAUGCAAACAAAUUGGAAGAAAGCGCCAGGGGGAUCUACAUUCCGUGUCCUGAACAUUAUAAUGGUUUCUGCAUGCAUGGCAAAUGCGAGCACUCCACUAAUAUGCUGGAACCAUCUUGCAGAUGUGAUGCAGGCUACACUGGACAACACUGUGAAAAGAAGGACUAUAGUGUUUUAUAUGUGGUUCCGGGACCAGUAAGAUUUCAGUAUGUCUUAAUAGCAGCAGUGAUUGGAACUAUCCAGAUUGCAAUCAUCUGCGUUGUAGUCCUCUGCAUUACAAGGAAAUGUCCCAGGAGCAACCGAAUUCACAGGCAGAAGCAAAACACAGGGCACUACGGUUCAGACAACACAACCAGAGCGUCAACCAGGUUAAUUUAAAAAAGAGCGCAUGUUCUCCACAAUGGCAAACGUAAACUGCAGAGAGCUUGGACUUUUAUGGAAUACAGUAUUAUAGACAAAAGAUCUACACAUGUUGCCUUGCAUUUGUGGUAAUCGACACCAAUGGGGGGAAAAACAUGUACUACAGCUAUAUUUGAUUAUGUAUGGAUAUAUUUGAAAUAGUAUACAUUGUCUUGAUGUUUUUUCUGUAAUGUAAAUAAACUAUUUAUAUCACACAAUAUAGUUUUUUCUUUUUCAUGUAUUUGUUAUAU